AAAUUUUGUAGAAGGAAAAGAAAUACUAAUAAUCCAUUGAAAUUGAUAUUAGAGGUUAGCCACGUGGAGAAUCCGUUACUCCCGCUAUUUUUGUGUUGGUUGUGUUGCAAGAAAGAAAGAAAAAGAACAAUAUGUAAAGAAUUUGAGACCCAUUUUUCAUUUCUUGCGAAUUCAUUUCAAUUUCACAAGUUUAACAAUAAACACAAGAAAAACGCAAAACUGCUGGGGUUUCUAAUUUUCUCUAAUUUCCCUGAAAUCUCUCUCUUCAUAAAACCUUCUUCUGAAUUCCGUUCGUUCCUUCCACAUUUUGAUUCAUUUUUCCACCGUUAUUUCCCUUCAUCAAACAAUUUGUUCAUUCAUCAUACAUGUGCAGGGGAUUCAUAUGAUUUUAUUGCAUUGUGUUAUUGUUAUUGGGUAAUGAGAGGUGUCAAGUUUUCGAAUAUAGUGGGCAGAGAUGAACAUUGCUGCUCUUUUAACUUCUGCUGGAAUUAAUAUUUCCGUGUGUGUGGUACUCUUUUCACUCUAUUCAAUAUUAAGAAAACAACCCAGCAAUUUUAAUGUUUACUUUGGAAGAAAACUAGCCACUCGUUGUUCUAAAAACAUUGAUCUUUGUUUGGAAAGAUUUGUUCCAUCUCCUACAUGGGUAAUGAAAGCAUGGGAUACUUCUCAAGACGAAAUUCUUACUAUUGGGGGUUUGGAUGCUGUGGUUUUUAGCAGGAUGCUUACCUUCAGUAUCCGAGUAUUCUCUGUUGCUGCCAUCAUCUGCACUAUUCUAGUGCUUCCAGUGAAUUACUAUGGUCGCAACAGGAUACAUAAAGACAUACCUUUUGAGUCACUGGAAGUAUUUACCAUUGAGAACGUCAAAGCAGGAUCCAGAUGGCUUUGGACUCAUUGUCUUGCAUUAUACAUCAUAACUGUGACAGCCUGUUCUCUUCUUUACUCUGAAUAUAGGACCAUUACUAAUUUGCGGCUAGUAAAUAUCACUGGAUUGCCUCCAAAACCAAGUCAUUUUACGAUUCUUGUCCGAGGAAUACCUUGGUCUUCCGAGGAAUCGUACUGUGAAGCAGUGAAAAAGUUUUUCACAUAUUACCAUGCCUCAACGUAUUUGUCACACCAAAUAGUGUAUAGGUCUGGUGCUGUUCAGAAAUUGAAGGAUGAUGCAGAAUACAUAUGUAAGAUGCUCGGUGAUAGUUUGGAACAGACCUGUAAGCCAAGCAUGGUGCAAUGUUACUUUUGUGGAGGAACCAAUAAUUUUAAGAUUAUCUGUAAUGAAAUAGAUAGUAUACAUGCGCGAUCAGGAUACACUGACAUACAUAUAGAUUCAAGAAAAAAGGAAUGNNCAUCUGCUUUCGUGUUCUUUAAAAGUCGGUAUGCUGCCCUUAUGGCUGCCCGAAAUCUUCAAGCAUCAAAUCCUAUGUUAUGGGUCACAGAUCAAGCUCCUGAACCCUGUGAUGUUUACUGGUCCAACCUUUGCAUACCAUACAAGCAACUUUGGAUCCGUAAGAUAGUUACAUGUGUGGCUUCUAUCACCUUUGUGCUUGUAUUCCUCAUCCCUGUCACAUUUGCACAAGGCUUGACUCAACUAGACAAGCUUGAGAAAAUGUUUCCUUUCUUGACAGAUAUACUAAAAAAGCAAUUUAUGAUUCAGCUGGUGACUGGUUACUUGCCAAGUGCUAUUUUGGUUUUAUUUUUAAUUGGUGUUCCACCAGUGAUGAUGCUACUUUCAGCAGUGGAGGGACCAAUUUCCCGUAGUGGUAGGAAGAAAAGUGCAUGCUGCAAAGUUUUGUAUUUCACUAUUUGGAAUGUGUUUUUUGUCAAUGUUUUUGCUGGGUCAGUUAUUAGUCAGCUCUCAGUGUUUACUAGUAUAACAGAACUACCUGCCCAACUUGCCAAGGCAGUCCCAGCACAGGCUACUUUCUUCACAACAUAUGUUUUAUCAUCUGGUUGGGCAAGUCUAGCUUUUGAGAUUAUACAACCGUUUCCUCUUUUCUGCAACCUGUUCCAAAGAUUAGUACUCUGCUCCGGCGAAGAUUCCUUCAAUGGCACUGUAACUUUUCCGUACCAUACAGAAGUUCCAAGGAUCUUACUAUUUGGAUUUCUUGGGUUCAUUUGUUCUAUUCUGGCACCCCUGAUACUGCCCUUCUUAUUGUUCUACUUUUUCCUUGCAUACCUCGUUUACCGAAACCAGAUUCUCAAUGUGUAUAUUACAAAAUAUGAUGGUGGAGGACAUUUAUGGCCUAUUGUCUUCAACACAACGGUCUUUUCAUUGCUUGUGGCUCAAAUUAUUGCACUUGGAGUGUUUGGACUAAAACGCUCAACAGUUGCGUCUGGAUUUACCAUUCCCUUGCUGAUUGGUACCGUUCUAUUUAAUCAAUAUUGUAGGCAACGAUUUCUCCCAGUAUUUAGGAACAAUGCAGCACAGGUUCUUAUUGACAUGGAUCACAGAGAUGAGAAUUGUAGAAGGAUGGAGGAGAUCUAUGAUCAAUUGCAUUCAGCUUACUGCCAGUUCAAUACUAGUUCUAGUCAAACUGAUUGUUUCAGUUAUGCAGGGGAUAGAGAGCGCGCUCAGAGUCUUCAGAUUCCAGAAGAUAUGGAGACAGGCAAGGAAAUCAUCCAACAAGAAUUAUCAUGGCCAGUUCAUCGGUAGUUUGAGUUUGUAGAAAUCAGUGUUAGGCUUGUAGAUGUUAUUAGAAUCACGGUGAUUGCUAUAAAUGGGGUUGUGCGCAUGUAUGCACAAUUAGUUAAUCACAAUUCAAAUACCUGCACAAAAAAUAGGACUACCUUCUCUCCCCAUGAUGUUCAGUUGCACGACAAAGUGGAUAUUUUUGUAAUUAUCCUGUAUUUUAUGUAAUUGUAAAUAUUCAUGAUUGAUAAGAAGAUUAUACAAAGGCUAUUUUUUCUACCAA